AUGCACCUUUUGCGUGGGACGAGAGUGGAAAGCCAUGUUAUCUAUCUCCUACUUGAAGAAAGGAGGGAAAAACUAUUACGUCGUGUUGGAACCGUUUGGGAAGUCGUGAAGAAUCGCGUCGUGACGUUAGGUGAUCCCGCAGGUGGCCAACCGCUUGCUAAGGUAAUUCACGAAAGUUCGAAGUCAUCGCUCCAAAACUUGGAGGCAUCUACAUCAUAUUCCUUCAAUCAACCCGCUGGGCUACCUUAUAAAUCUACUCGCCCGAUAACCCAAUAUUUCGCCGGACAGUGGGCGACUACCACGAAUUCACUUGUCGAUGGUUCGUUGAGGGACGUAAACUUGUCUACUAUUUUGAGCAAUGUCGCACAAACUGUUCCCUCGAAGGAGUCACUUGGUAUUCAGAAGCAUGCAGAUCGUGAGGAUUCGGGAAUGGGCCUGGAAGAACAACCCUCGGUAAUUGAGGAAGUUCGAUCGGUCGUUAAUAGUGUCCCGGUGCAAACUUCAGGUACAAAAGAAAUCCCACCCGCCACGGAAAAUCACAACUCUCCAGUGCCCGGAGCAUGCACCGGGACUACCCGCCAAUCAAAACCGGUGGAGAUCGUGGAAGGGUUGGAUGUGAUAGCAGAUGUCCACGAUGCACAGGUCUCUAAUUAUUUGGGUCUCUGUGCACUGAAAUUGGAAAGAGAGCAUGGGCAGAAGAAGAAGCAGAAAAAGGAGAUGGCUGUUACCCCAGCUGUGGAAUUUUUUGAAUCCGCUGCUGAACGAGACUCGGCAUCAGCUGCCUAUAAUGCUGGUCUUUGCCAUGAAUAUGCAAUUGGAGGAGUUAAACGCGUGGAUUCAGUGCGCGCGGUGGUGCUGUACCGUCAAGCCGCCGUCGCGGGCCACAAGGCCGCGCAAUACAACUUGGGAAUCCUUCUACAUCCUCUCAAUCUCGCCCAGGAGUGUAUGCGACGCGAAGACGAUCAACUCACCGCGUAUGUAACCGCAGCUAAGGGUGGCUCGCGACUUGCGGCAUAUAAUGCGGGCGUUAUUUGUGAAAGGAGAGGGGAUAUUGGACGUGCAAUCCAUUGGUACAAGAUGGCGACAAAUUCUGCAGAUGUGGACAUUCAGAGAGAUGCCCACUACAAUAUCGGUGUUUUGCUGAGGCACACGGAUGCGGUAGAUGCAAUUAAACACUUGAAGGCAGCAUCAAGACUAGGAGACACCGAAGCACGUGCCUGCCUGAAAGAAAUGGGACAGCUACAUAAAUUAUAG